CUGUCGCCGUUGCCGUCGCCGAGGCAGGCAGAGUCUCCCUGUCGCCGUUGCCGUCGCCGGCCUCCUCCUCCUCUGCCACUUCCUCCCAACUCCCAGCCGCAGGGGCCGACGGCGACGGGAGGGAAGAGGCGGCAGAGGUACUCCGAGGGGCGCGGAGAGAGGCUGUGCCAGGCCACGCCGUCCAGUGCCUCCGGGUCCGUCGCCGCAGCUUCCGGCCGCGUCGGAGAGGUAGCCCCCGGAGCUCUUCGCGGAGGCUCGGGAAUGGUGCACUGGGUUAGCGACAGUGAUGGCAGUGAUAACUUCGAAUGGGACAGUGAUGGUAACGGGGAGCAGACAGUGAGCUUCAACGCUGCUGGUGCUGGUUCAUCAGCUCUGGCAGCGACGAACACUGAUGCUCCUGGCCCAUCGACACGGGUUGCUAAUGGCAAUGGGAAGGCUGGGCGAUCUGCCUCUUUGGUUCAGAAGUAUGUGGACAUGGGUUUCUCAGAAGAGAUUGUUCUGAAGGCCAUGAAGGACAAUGGGGAUAAUGGAGCAGAUUCAUUAGUUGAGCUCCUUCUUACUUACCAGGAACUAGGCAAUGACCUCAAAGUGGAUAAUGACUUUGCUUCUAGUUGUGCCCCCAAAACUGCUGACGAUAGUGAUGAUGAUGACACACUGGAAAUCUGGGAUGAUGAGGAUGCUGGAGGGAGAAGCACCAGGGUUGCUAACUCUGUUGAUGAUUCUGAUGACGAGGAUUUCUUACAUGAGAUGUCACGGAAGGACGAAAAAGUUGAUUCCUUAGUUAAAAUGGGGUUUCCUGAAGACGAGGCUGCACUGGCUAUUACCAGAUGCGGGCCGGAUGCAUCUAUUUCUGUUCUGGUGGAUUCAAUCUAUGCUUCACAGACCGCAGGAGAUGGUUACUGUGGCAAUCUGUCUGACUAUGAGGAUAAUUCCUAUGGAGGGAGAAGCACAGGGAACAAGAAAAAGAGAAAAAGAUAUGGAGGCCAAGCACAGGGAAGUAGAGGCCCAUUAGAUGGUAGCUGUGAUGAACCCAUGCCUCUCCCACAUCCAAUGGUUGGAUUUAACUUGCCAGACCAGUGGUCAAGACGAGUGGACAGAUCGUUGCCUGCACAAGCUAUUGGUCCGCCGUACUUCUACUACGAGAACGUUGCUCUUGCUCCAAAAGGUGUCUGGACUACCAUAUCAAGAUUCUUGUAUGAUAUUCAACCAGAGUUUGUGGACUCAAAGUACUUCUGUGCUGCUGCCAGGAAAAGGGGUUACAUACACAACCUGCCACUUGAGAACAGGUCACCUCUCCUCCCCAUACCCCCAAAGACGAUAUCGGAAGCAUUUCCUCGGACCAAGAGGUGGUGGCCUUCAUGGGACCCAAGACGACAGUUCAAUUGCCUCCAGACUUGCGUGUCUAGUGCAAAAUUGUUAGAGAGGAUUCGCGUAGCCCUCACAAACAGUUCAGACCCACCUCCUCCAAGAGUUCAGAAGUAUGUGUUGGAGGAGUGUAGGAAAUGGAACCUGGCAUGGGUUGGCUUAAACAAGGUUGCUCCUCUAGAGCCUGACGAGAUGGAGUUUCUACUCGGCUUUCCGAAGGAUCACACGAGAGGUAUCAGCAGGACAGAGAGGUAUCGAUCUCUAGGAAAUUCAUUUCAGGUCGAUACUGUUGCUUACCAUCUCUCAGUUCUGAAGGAUCUGUUCCCACAAGGCAUGAAUGUGCUGUCUUUAUUCUCUGGUAUUGGAGGAGCAGAGGUGGCUCUCCACAGGCUUGGCAUACAGAUGAACACGGUUAUUUCAGUGGAGAAGUCCGAGGUCAACCGGACGAUUCUGAAGAGUUGGUGGGAUCAGACGCAGACGGGUACUCUGAUUGAGAUCACUGAUGUGCAGACACUGUCAUCUGAGAGGAUCGAGGCGUAUAUUAGAAGAAUUGGGGGCUUCGAUCUUGUGAUUGGUGGAAGUCCCUGUAACAACCUCACUGGGAGCAACCGUCACCACAGAGAUGGUUUGGAGGGCGAGCAUUCUGCAUUGUUCCAUCAUUAUUUUAGGAUCUUACACGCCGUCAAGUCCAUCAUGGAGCGUUUGUAGUUCUUAGAAUCUUUACUGUUGUUUUGGUUCUAGUAGAAUACUUUGUGACCGAACUUGUAAAUGGUUUGCAGGUUGACUGGUUUAGUUCUCUUGCCACUCUAAUUUAGGCUAGUUUUUUUUUUAUUUAAUCUUCUUUGGUGAUCUUGGUGCAGUUCUGUGGCACUGUUGGGUAUUCAAAUGCAGAUUGAUCCGAG